CUAUCGAGGUGACGUGCGCCAUUUUGGCUCAAACAAAGUCAGAAACAUUUCAUCUCUGGCAAAGUAUUUUCAAUUAUAUCAUUAAAAUACAAUGUAACAGUCUGUAGGGCAACAUUCUGGUUUCCACGCGUCAAUAGCUAAUUGUGCUGUAACUUUUUCUUGUUUCUUUGCACCGCGUAAGGGAAUAACGAUUAAAAUCUCCAGCUGGGCUCCGUUGCAAACGGGGAACGUUUGCUAACUUUAAAUUUAGCUGUGCUGAUUGUUUCAUCUGCCGCAAUGGGUGGCUGCUCUGCUCCAAACUGCUCCAAUUCAACCAGUGCGGGCAAACAGCUGUUUAGAUUCCCCAAAGAUCCUGACCGCAAGAAGAAAUGGGUGAUGAACUCUCGACGGGACUUCGAACCAACUCCUCAUUCCAGACUCUGCCAGGACCACUUUGAACAGAGCCAGUUUGAGGAGAUAGCAAGGUCUUCAGCUGGGGGGAAGAAGCUGAGGCCCAAUGCCAUCCCAACUCUGUUCAGUAUUGGAGACCCUCCUUAUCCUGUAGUCACUGCUCCAUACAUCUUGCUGCCCAUGAAACCUGAGCCAGUGGAGAAGGAGCUGAAUUUCGGGGACCAUGGCUAUGCCAGACGCACCCCUCUGCCUGGCCUGGAAGUGGAGGAUGCAGACAAGACUGCUGAUGACCAGCAGCCCUGCAAACAGUGUCGACUCCUCAAGAAACAGCUGGAGCAGGAGAUGCAGCACACCGCAAGGCUGCAGAAGGAGGCAGAGGAGAUGAAGAAGCGUCUGUAUCGACUUGACCGAAUCGAGAAGGGUCUCCAGAACUUUCUGUAUGAGGACCAGAUUCGUGCCCUGUCCCUCACCAAACGCUCCCGUCGUGCCGUCUGGUCCCCAGAGACCAUCCUGAAGGCCCAGAAGAUCCGCUCUGCAGUUGGGACAAAAGGCUACGAGUACUUAAGAGAGCUGGGAUACCCUUUGCCCUCCUACCGGACUCUGUGCAACCGCCUGGAGACUAAGAUCAUGGUGACGACUGACAUGAGCUGUGAGAUGCUGGCAGAACUGGGCCUGGAGCUCAUGCCCCCCUGCGACAGUCCCACAGGAGGUGUUGGAGACAAUGAUGAGGAGGAACUGAUGGGUGUUUUGUCCUGAUUACGGCAGCUUGCAUGACUCUAACCAAAGGGAGAAUGUGCAGAAUUAGCUGUGUUAAACAUUUACAGAUGUAAUUUCAUAUAGUAGAAGAUGGGCACAUUACGCUUCUUAUCUCAUUUAUGAAAGAGUGCAUCGAUAUAAAUGUAUGCUGGCUUGACUUGUUUGAGCUGUUGCUUGUGUGUGCUUGUGAUCUGCACCACUGAGACCGUUAUGGCUUUGCUCAGCUGAUGUCGGGGCUGGCAGUUAGCCUAGGUUUAUAUUUAUGGUGUUUCUUACCAUGAGGACACUGAGCUACAGUAUGUGCUGCCAUGCGUAAGGAGAUGUAGGGUGUAGUGGGGUUUUGUGGACAGCGUAGACUUAAUUUGCACAAGGGCUGUUGAAUUUGCUGCUUGUGUUUACAGUGGAUUAAAAGUGUUCGACUCUCGGUGUUUACGUGCACAAUAAAACCCUGGAGGGAUACUCAAAUGUACUGAGAGCACAUGAACUCAUAUCUUGAGUUAUGUAACCUGAGAAUUCUGAUAUUAUGAGGACUACAGUGGCAUGUAAAAUGUCUUACACCACAAACUGUUUCCUGCACAUUAUACAAGCUUUAUUUUUUGUUACAGUUCACCUAAAAUAUUUAUCAUUUUCAUAACAUAACUGCGAUAAAAGUGAAUGUCUAGGGUGUUUGCAUUUAAAUGUAAUCGAUGGAGUUUGAGUUCAAACUGAUUAACCCUCUAUUACAGUGCAUCUGAAUGAUACCAACAAAA